AUGUCAGCCUCACCUGCUCAGAUCGAGGACGUUCGGGUAGCUGUAGACGCGGCAAUUGAUGAAUUACAUGAAUCACUCCGAAAGAUCAAUCAUGAGAUCUACUCCAAUCCGGAAUUGGCGUUUGAAGAGCACCAUGCUCACGAUACCAUUUGCUCGUUCCUGGAGAAGCAAGGCUUCACGGUAAAUCGCCACGCUUUUGGUCUAAAGACUUCUUUCGAAGCUUUCAGCGGAUCCGGUGGCCGACUGGUGAAUUUCAAUGCAGAAUACGACGCUUUACCUGGAAUUGGACAUGCUUGUGGGCAUAAUUUGAUCGCGACCAGCAGCAUCACGGCGUUUUUGGCUCUCUCUGCCGCGCUGAAGAAGUUUGGCAUCCCCGGGCGGGCUCGAUUGCUGGGCACACCAGCAGAAGAGAAUGGAGGAGGCAAGGCGCUUCUCAUUGACGCGGGGGCCUUCAAAGAUGUCGAUAUCUGUCUCAUGGCUCACUCUGGGCCCAAGAAGCUAUUCCCAAAUCAAGGGGACGCCGACGGCAUUGCCGGAGCAUUGAUGAAUGCGCGCAAAAAUAUCCACUGCGAGUUCACAGGCAAAGGUGCCCAUGCCGGAGGCAAUCCAUGGGACGGGAUCAAUGCCCUCGAUGCAUUGGUCACAUCAUACAAUAAUGUGGCGGUCCUCCGUCAGCAGCUCCUCCCUGAUGACCGCGUACAUUGCGCCUUUAUGGAUACCCCGAAAAUCGCCAAUGUUAUCCCAUCUCAUACCAAGGCGUUUUGGCAGGUUCGAAGUCCCUCGCUCACCACGCUGAAUCAUCUCGUGACGAAGGUGCGAAACUGUAUCGAGGCGGGCGCGUUGGCAACGGGGUGUACUGUGAAAAUCACCGAAAACGAGCUUUACACGGAUGUCCGUCUGAAUGAUAUCCUGUGCGAGCGGUAUCAGAUCCAUAUGGGAGAGUACGGACGAAAGGUGCUGAAACGGCAUGACAAAGUGCUGACUGCCUCGUCUGAUAUCGGCAACGUGAGCUACGUCACUCCCACCCUGCACACUAUGUUCGGAAUCCCCACGCCCGACAAAGUCUUCCCUCACCAUCCCGACUUUGCUGCCUCAGCUGGCACUGACGAGGCGCAUACGGAGGCUGUGGUGGUCGGAAAAUCUCUUGCACUCAUUGGAUGGGACAUGCUCACGGACGAUACUCUGUUUGAGACGGCACAUCGGCAGUGGAAGGACGAGAUCGCACGUGAUGAUUGA